GUUAUUACAUAUUCCAAAGGUUCCCAAAAUAUAGCCAAGCAUCGUGAAUGCAUAUUCCAUGAUAUCAGCCUAAUGCAAAAGCAGUUAGCGUCUAACUUAUGCUUAGCUUGGUACGAAGUACAAACACCUUGAGGUUAUCAGCGUCAACACUUCCCAGAGCGUCACUUUAGCAUGAGCCUCUCAAGUCAAAUCAACAAAACCCAUCAACAAAUAUGAAGCUCUCCUCCAGCUUCCUUUUUCCAUUACUGGCCAGUACAGCCUGUGCCGCUUCAGAUUCCGCUCUUGCCUAUAUCCUCGACGGCCACCAGAAGCCAAACAACCUAGUAUCACCUCCAACUCUUUCUCCCAAUGAAGCACGACUCGUCCUCGCACAACGAUUGGGCGUAUCGCAAUUCCAUGAUGUCGGAUCGGUUGGCAGUGAGGCCAUCAAAUAUAUCAACAAGUUUGGAGGUCAACUGAAAUCACUAUUCAACGAUGCGCGAAAAGACAGGGCGGCUGAGUUGGUUAUCAUUGUUGAGGGUGUAUCCGAAGAGACGGCUGGAUCACUACUAAAUUCGUUAUCUUCUAUCAAGCCAGCAUUCACAAUCUCAAAUCCACCUACAGCUAGGACGACGCAAAAGUUGGCAGAUGAUUUGGAGUUGCAAGUUGGAAAGGCGAAGGAAUGUACCCUCGACGAUGCUAUCAAUCCAUUCGCAGAUCCAUGCUGGAAUGGAAAAUCGAAGAUUAUGCACCUUGACUUGAGUAAGAAAUCAGAGCAUAAGGAGUUCAUCAACACAUCUUACGAAAGAUUGACCAAAUUCGCCUCAAAGGCAGAAAUGAACGUUAUCGUCGUUCUCAUGCCUGAAUCCCGCAGAGGUAGCGGCUCCUACGGUUCUUAUACUAAGCCCUCGCAAAAGAAGCUCUCCAGCAGACAACAGUUCGAAGAACCAAUGGCUGAAUUUGUCGAUCAUCAAGUACAAGAAGCUCCAACUUCUAAUUCUUCCCGCAACAACAAUACCGUCAUCAAGACGACUCUUCCCGUUUGCCACGCUUCCUUGGACUCUUGUAUCUCUUCUACCAAUAACUGCUCAUCAAUGGGCGCUUGCUACAAGAAAUACACAUCCCAAUCUGGUGAUUGUUUCGCCUGUAUGUGUGGCGUUGAUUCGGGACGUGGAGGAUCUGCUUGUCAAAAACAAGAUAUCAGUGGACCAUUCUGGUUAAUCUUCAUUUCCAGUUCCGUCCUCGUUGGACUUGUUGCCUGGGGAAUUGGCAUGCUAUAUAGCAUCGGUGAUGAAAAAUUGCCUGGUGUUAUCGGUGCCGGUGUUUCUUCUGGCAAGACGAGAUAAAUAUUUGUAUGAAUUCUAGAAGAUAUGUAUGCUUAGGAUCGAAGAUUGAGAAGUUUGAAGGACUUUCAUUUUGUCAGGGUUGGCGUUUCAUAUGAAGAAGGGAGAGAUCGAGAGACUUGUAUUUGUUUGUCUGGGCUGGCUGUAUAGUGGCCGGUGUAUAGACACGGCGUGUCACUUAUUUAUAGCAAUGAAAUUUUAUCAGUCCUUAUUGCCCUCUCAAAAGGCCGCAUAUGGAUGGUUUUUUUUUUCAUCUCGUCAGUAUGCUUUUAAAGAUGGACUUUUUCACAUUCUUUCAGCCAAGUGGUAGCUUAGUAUAAACGACUCGGCCUAGAAUUCAUGGGUGGCAGGUUUUGUAAUUCCUCGCCAUCCUUCACUAUCGCCACCAUCCGUUUUCAUGUGCAAUGUCGGGAAUUCAAUCUCUGGUUGUCCUUUUACAUACCUAAGUGCGGAGAAAUUCAUGGGGAUUUGGUUGCGUUGAUGGGUGAGGGGGUUAUAGAAUACGAGAUCAAGAUUUCUACUCGAUAAUGCACUGUUUCACUGAGUCAUCUCGCUGAGUAUACAAACGAGGUUAUUGAGAGAGUUCUCUGAUAGCGAUUUGAACUCAAGAGUGGCGGGCCUGUAAAAUGGGAAGUUUGUA